AUGGUGCAUCUCAGGCUGAACGAGAAAGAAAUCAACCCCAAUCCGCACAUCAACUUCAUAACGGCGCUCCCAGCUGACCCGCAGGACCAAGAAGAUGCGCGUCAGCUGUUGAGAGCUCUUGCGGCGCAAGUCAGACCUGUUAUGAAGGCACACGGAUUCGUGGUCAACAGCUUUGAAGAGGUGCGAGGUGUGGCUUCCAUCAGGGAUUUGCAAGUUGCUGAAAUGAUGAUGAUGGUGUGGCAGUAUGAAUACAACCAGGUAUUCGCAGGAAGGAACUGGAACAAUGGGGACACUAUUGAACUCGUGCUACGGCGCGCAGAUGGGACUUUCUGCCCAAUAUACUGGCUGAUAGGCAUACUGUGCCAUGAAUUAGCUUGCAAGCAGCAUAUGAACCAUGGACCUGCGUUCCAAGCCCUGUGGUCCCGCUUGAGAGUAGAAGUGAGGCAGCUGCAGGAUCGAGGGUACUAUGGUGAUGGUUACUGGUCCUCUGGCAGGAGACUUCGUGACUCUGCUCGUGUUGGUGGAGAGGGAAUCGAGGAAGGCGACCUGCCGGAGUAUAUGUGCGGUGGGGCACAAUCACAAACACGGCCCACUGCUACGCGUCGCCGUCGUGGACCUCGGGGUAAACAACGUGAAGUCGUGCCUUCGUUACAUACCGGAGCACAGACGGCGAAGAAGAGGAAAGCAGGAGGACGUGUCACGUCUAAAUACGCCUUCGUUGGUGAAGGAGCUACCCUCGGCAAUGAUGGGAAAGGGACUGGGUUUGGGAAGCAGGCUGCUAGCAAACGUGCAAGAGAAGAAAGGGCUUUAGCUGCUGAGCGCCGGCUACUCGCACUGCAAGGUGUGUCCCAAGAUACGAAGCCAUCCACCUCCAAAGCCGAAGCAUCUGCAGAAGAGGACUCUGACGACGACGAAGUGGAGUUUGUCGCUGAAACAGAUGCCGACCGACGAAAAGCCUUGGUGGACUCCGAAAAGGACCCCACUGGCCAACAGGAAAAGCUCUCUUCGCGGACGUCUUGGAAACUCUUCAAAGACGAGUUCAACUUCAACGAACCGCCCAAGGCAAGUGGCUCCGGUUCAGCGUUACCAAACGAUACCAUCGAAAUUUCCUCGAAUGACGACGGGCAGGAUGGGGGGUUGUGCGACGUGCCCAUCGCCUCGGGUUCGACCUACGCGACCGGCUCGUCGAGUAAGGGCAAAGGCAAGCAUAAAGGAGAAUCUCAGGCUUCUACUGCCGCCUUGACGUCGAAAGCAAAGGGCAACCUCGGCCUCGGUAGGAUGGUGCAAACAGAAAUUGAUUUGCGCAAAAAGGAAGCGCUCGGAAUGGCACCAGUGAAGGGUGGUGGUCGGAUCCUCAGCACAAAACCACCCAUGAGGGACCCCGGGCCUGCGAAAGCGAUUGGAGAAUCUUCCGGUAAAUCGCCUCAAGGCGCGUGGAGCUGCCUGGUCUGCACCUUGUGA